AAAAUCAAUUCCAAAAGCCUGCUUCCUAUCUUAAGACCCCACCAUUUCAAAUUCACACUCCGGACUCGGUUUUCUUUCUCAUUAGUCAUAGUUCGACUCCAAACCUUUGAAACAUAAGAAAGAUCAAGAAGAAGAACUAGUCGUCCCAACCAUGGAUGCCGAAGCUUCAUCGUUCGAGACCAGCGAGGUGCUGGCUAAUUUCUUGGCCUCCACGCCAUUGCUACCGGAGUCAUGGAGGCUAUGCAGCAUCGCCAACACCACUGCGCCAGGCAGUUUUGUAACGGAGCAAGUGGGACAUGUAGGGUUUAUUGCCUUUUCCGGCAUCCAGUUGCCUGCAAGCUCGGAACCCAGCUGGAGAAACUUGGUGCCAUUGGAGAGCGCUGGCAACGGGACCAUGUUCUCUCAACUGCACCGCCACAAUGGAGGCCAGGAGCCAGUCAUGGUGCACGCAGGGAUGCUGCAAAUCUUUCUUUCUAUGCAUAAUUCUCCAAGUUUCAAAGACCAGAUUUCGGCAGUAAGCGAGAAAAGCAAGUCAAUUAUCGUGACAGGCCAUUCCAUGGGAGGAACAACUGCAUCUCUCUGCACUCUCUGGCUCCUCUCCCACCUCCAAUCUGUGUCCUCUCCUUUAACAGUUCUAUGCAUUACAUUUGGCUCUCCAUUGCUUGGCAAUGGUUCCCUUUCCCGAGCCAUCCUGCGAGAAAGAUGGGGUGGCAACUUCUGUCACGUAGUCUCAAAGCACGACAUCAUGCCGAGACUGCUGUUUGCUCCUCUAGCACCGCUCACUCCUCUCCUGCAUUUCCUUCUGCAAUAUUGGCACUUGUCCAUGAUGACUCCUCCUCCCUUUGGCGAGCCUUCCCAAUUGCGCAACGAAGAUAAAGCUGAGCUCUUUCGCUUUGUCUUGUUUCAUCUGGGAGUGUUAGCCCAGGCAGGAGAAGAGACGAGUUUGUUCUGGCCCUUGGGAAGCUACUUGUUUUGUUCCGAGGAGGGAGCAAUUUGUGUGGAUAAGGCUGUUUCUGUUACCAAGAUGAUGCAUUUGAUGCUUAUGAACAGUACUCCGAGUAGUAGUAUUGAGGAUCAUCUCAACUACGGAGAUUAUGUUGGAAAAGCUUCUGUGCAGUUCAUGAACCAGAGAGGCUUCAUGCAAGCGGAUCUUCCUGAGUCAAGCUAUGAAGCAGGGGUUGCUUUGGCGUUGCACUCCUUAGGGAUAGAGCAAUCAGUUGCCGGACCUGCUAAGGACUGCCUAAAGAUAGCUAGGCCGAGGCGGAUGGAUCGCACACCGUACCUGAAGAGUGCGGAGCUGGCUAUUCGCUUAUCAAAAUAUGCACCUUACAGGGCUGAGAUAGAAUGGUAUAAAGUAUUUUGCGACAAGUCUGAAAAUAAAAUGGGGUACUACGAUUGCUUCAAGCUGUGGGGAUCAAUAUCAAACUCAAAAAGGGAGCCCAGGGUAAACUUGAACCGGAUCAAGCUUUCCAAGUUCUGGGACGAUGUUAUCUCUAUGCUGGAUACCAACCAACUUCCUCAUGAUUUUAAUCGGCGAGCCAAAUGGGUCAAUUCUUCCCAGUCUUACAAACUCCUGGUCGAGCCUUUGGAUAUUGCAGAAUACUAUGGGAAACGUAGGCAUCUUGAACAGGGCCAUUACUUGAAGCAUGGAAGGGAGAGGAGGUACGAGAUUUUUGAUAGGUGGUGGAGCGAGAAAGAGAGAAAUUCUGGUGAGGGUGUAAACACUAAGAGGAGCAAAUUCGCGGGCUUGACUCAAGAUUCAUGCUUUUGGGCGAGGGUGGAGGAAGCAAGGGAGUGGCUUGAGAAUGUUAAAAGUGAAAGCGAUAUGAGAAAAGCUUCUUUCUUGUGGGAGAAUAUUGAGGCAUUUGAAACGUAUGCAAGAGAGUUGGUGGAGAGUAAGCAGGUCUCUGUAGACGUUCUGGCAGAGAAUUCAAGCUAUAGUUUGUGGAUGGUGGAAUACAGAGCACUGAAAUCAAAGGUGCUAUCUCCCCAGUCUAUACUCCAUGGCCCUUCUAGUGCAUUUUGAAACAAUGGCUUAUUAUUGUUUCUUCUGUAAACGACUUGUGUUUAUUUGGUUGCAAAAUCUUAUACAUUGGUAUUCCAGAAAA